UACCGCAGGAGAGCGAACAAUACUUUGUGUUCUGCCGGGUAUUUAGAAAGGUCACAGUGUCGGAGAGACAGCUGGUGCAGAGAAAGUGUUUCGCUUCCUUGAUUUAAAUGUGUGAUGGAGUCUGGUUUUCUCACCUUUAUUCUUGUGUCUUCGUUUGCGGUGCAUUCCUCUCGAAGUUCAACAGACUGGGACGAUGUCGUGGUGGCCAGAGAAGGUUCAUCCACCACGUUGGUCUGCACUUAUCCAACGUUGAGAAGUCCCUUCACCUUAAACUGGAAGGUAAAGUCACUCGGUGCGGAGGAAUGGAAACUGGUUCGAACAGCUAGCGAGGGGAAGAAGUUCUCUGGAAGUGCCUCCAAGCCAUCAAUGCGAUGGACUGACCCCGACUUUCAAAAGACUGGGGUAUUCUCACUGUCUUUCUUCCCCACAAUGGAGGACAAAGGCCUCUACUCAUGCAUGAUAAGGCAGCAAGAAAGGAAAGUGAAGGAGAGGAUUAUCCUUUUAGCUAUCCUUACAGUCACCGUCCUCCCCUCUCCGAUCAUUCCUGUGCACAGCACCCUGCGAAUGAAUGCCAGGGUCACUCCAGAAAUGGCUGUCGACAAAAUCACCUGGACAUCACCGGAUGGCAUCACCAUAAAGAGCGAGAAAACAACAAACAAGGAAACCGAGGCCAAACUGCCACUGGUCCAGUACACGGACAACGGUGUCUACGUCUGCACGGUUCACACUUGGGGAAAGAGCAGCAGCCCAAUUUUCCCCUUCAGUGUGAACGUGACCAUUACUGCUGACAAAGAGGCCUCGUUCACUGAUAUCGUACAUGCCGACCAACUCUUCACUGUCACACUGGUUCAGACGCCCAUGAUCCUGAAAUGUCCUGGCGGUAAGGGGGACUUGGUCAAGCUGCAGUGGAAACCCACAGACAGGAGGAAUAACGGAAUGAAGGCUGUGAUGCUGUAUGAUCGCUGGAGGGGCACCACUACGUCGCCCCAGACUAGCCCGAGAGUCGAGUUGGCCGGCCCACCCUAUAACGCAGAGGCUGGGAGCUUCGCAAUACGACUCACGCCCGAACUCAACGAUGGCGGCCUCUACGUCUGUGAGGUGCACCUCAAUGACAAGAUCUCCGUCCAAAGCACCACGGUCACCGUAAUGAAAGUUAAAACCAAACGUUCAUCCUCAAAGCUGGAGUUGAUCUGCCUGUACUCAGAGCGUUCCCAGGUCCAGACCGUCCAAUGGAAACACCAGAACCCCAACCGCCGGCUGCAAAUGUCAACCAGCAGCCUGGGCCAAAUCACCACCACUGUGCCCUUACCAAUCACCCCCGACACAGCAGGAACCUACACCUGCACCCUGACGCUGAAUAAUGGGCAGACCAUCAUGGCCACGCAAGCUGUCACGCUGCCCCCUCAAGAGCCUGUCGCCGCCCCCUCCAUGCUCCCUUCCCUCGCUGCUUUAUUACUCCUGGUGCCCCUGGUUGCUGCGGCUGUUGGUGUGUUGCUAUGGAGACAGAAACAAAUUUCUCAUCGUGAUAUCGAGUAUUCGCUGUCUGUCCAGUCGGGUGAGGCAGAAAACAUCUAUGAGAAUCCUGAUGAUGUCAGACAGCAGGGUCCUGCCCUGGACUCGGUCUACAUGGAUUUGAAGCCUAGAGGAGAGGAUGACGUCUAUAAGGAACUGGAGCGAUAUGAGCAGUGUCAGAGCUGAUCACCUAUACCCACAUCUCUUCCUCAUCCAGCUGUCACAUCUGCUCAGCUCCCAUCAGCAACGGAAGCGCUUUAUAAACAAAAGAAACAACUCAAUCUCUGAGUUGGGAUUCAUAAUAACAAAAAAAACUCCAGUGCUUCAGGGAAAUGCAACUCAAUUGUUGCCGCAGUGCUUUUUCUUUUAAUACAGAUUUUUUUAUUCUCACGUGUUGAGAAGAGGGAUUUUCUCAUAAGGCUGUAAAAUUUGUUCACAAUGUGUUUGUGUUAUGAAUGAUAUUGUCUCAUUCACUUGGUUCCUUGACUCUUAUUUUUAUAAGAGUCAUUGUAUGGUUAUUUCUAGAGUUUAAAGUUGUUGGGGAAGUAUUCAGAGACUUUACUUUGUAUAAGAAGUAAUACCAGACUAUGAAAAUGCUUAAAUGUCGUAAAAUCACAACCCUAAAGUAAGAGUACACAAUAGGUAGAUUGUUUCAAUAACAAGGUUUAUUUAUUUUUUAUUUGACAAAAACGCACAAAACGUUAUAGCUAUGAACCUUUAAAUGUGUGAAAUAAAGCAUUACGAAAAUUGACAUAAUGUAUCAAGAACAACAACAAUAAUAUUAUCUUGAUAUGAUGGUGAUUAUGAUUAUUAUGAUGACUAUGAAUAUCGUGAUUAUUAUUAUUAUUAUUACUUCUAGUAGUGGUAUUAGUAGCAGUAGUAUUAAGACCAUACCAAAAUAUAAUAAUUCAUGUAUUUUUGAAUACACAAAAGCAGAGGGCAGGUAAACGGUGCAAAAGAUAAUCAAGAAUUUUUGUAUGAAUGUAUAAUUAUCCUGUAUUGUAUUUAAGAACAGUAGUCGGGAGCGUGGUACCAAAAAUAAUGUGCAGUAAUCGAGUAUUGUAUUUAAUUCCAGUAUUUAUGUAAAUAUAUGUUAUUUCCACCAAUGCUUUUCC